AUGGAAAGUCGUUACCAUGUUCGCUCUAUUAGCUUGCCUUCCAGGUUGCAUUCUUGCACUGUUGGGAUCGAUGAAGAGCUAAACAAGCUAAAGAUUUCAGAGGCAUUGUCAACUUCAUCAUACAAGGCAGACACAAUCCGUUCGGGUCUGUUUGGCCUUGGAGAGUUAUACCAUUACGUAGACGAUCUCCUCCGUUUGCCACUAACCCAACGAGCCCUCGUCCAACAUCAACAAGAGAAAUGGGUGGGCGAGGUGCUUGAUGGGUCAGUUCGAUUGUUGGAUAUCUGUGGGACUACCAGAGAUCUCUUGUCACAAAUGAAGGAACGUGUUCGAGAUCUUCAAUCUGAUCUCCGUAGAAGAGGAGGCAAAGAAAUCAGCAUUGGUGCUUAUUUCUCAGCUAGAAAGAAGGUCAAGAAGGAAAUUUUGAAGGGUCUUGAAGCAUUGAAAAGAAUGGAAAGCAAACUUGGGUUUUCUUCUAUAUUGGGUUUAGAUCAAAAUCAAGCAGUUCUUGCUAGAUUGGUAAGAGAAAUAUGCUCUGUUACCAUCUCCAUCUUGAAGCUUCUAUUGUCAUUCUUGUCAGCUCCGGCGUCGAAACCGAAGUCCGGUGGUUGGUCAGUGGUUUCAAAAUUGAUGAUGCAGAAAGUGAAGGUGAGAUGUGAAGAGGAUGAAGAGAAAGCUAAUGAGGUGGAGAGUGUUGAUGCUGCCCUUCGAAACUUGUGGAAACAGACUUCAAGCAAAGAUGUGGAUGUAGAGAGGGUCCAUAUUCAAAUGGCACAAACAAGAUUGGAGGCCUUGGAAGUUGGCAUUGAGUGUCUUGAGGGUGGUUUGGAGUGUAUGUUUAGGCACUUGAUCCAAACGAGAGUGUCUCUCCUUAACAUCCUAACGCCAUAG